AGGGUCAAGUAAACUUUUACUCUGACCUUUUUUUUACUUUGCUCAUCAUUGCGCAUCUAUCCGUUUGCCAUACUCUGAGAGCUCCAACAAUGGCUGAAGCAAAACCUCAAGUGCCAUCGUCCAAAUCCUCUUCAAGGAGUCUUCCAGACUUCAAACAAUCUGUUAAGCUCAAAUAUGUGAAGCUCGGCUACCACUAUCUUAUCACCCAUGGCAUGUACCUCUUUGUCACUCCUUUAGCUGGAAUUAUGGCCGCCCAACUCUCCAGCUUCUCCCUCGAAAAUCUCUAUAAUCUUUGGGACCACCUCCGCUUCAACCUCAUCUCAGUCAUUAUUUGCUCCACCCUCCUGGUCUUUCUCUCCACCCUCUACUUCCUCAGUCGCCCCAAACCUGUCUACCUCGUCAACUUCGCCUGCUAUAAACCUGAGGAAGCCAACAAGUGCACUCGCCAAAUGUUUGUUCACAUGUCUCAGUCGAAGGGUUCAUUCACAAAAGAAAAUGUCGAUUUCCAGCGUAAGAUCAUCGAAAGAUCUGGACUUGGUGAAUCCACUUACCUUCCUGAAGCAAUCAUGAAUGUUCCACCCAAUCCUUCGAUGGCCAUGGCCAGGAAGGAAGCAGAGGUUGUGAUGUUCGGUGCCCUCGACGAGCUUUUUGGAAAGACUAAUCUAAAACCGAAGGAUGUUGGAAUUUUGAUUGUGAAUUGCAGCUUGUUCAAUCCAACCCCUUCCCUUUCUGCCAUGAUUGUGAACCGCUACAAGCUCAGGGGAAACAUUUUGAGCUAUAAUCUUGGUGGCAUGGGCUGCAGUGCAGGAUUGAUCUCAAUUGAUCUUGCAAAACGACUACUUCAAGUCCAUCCUAAUUCUUAUGCUUUGGUUGUCAGCACGGAGAACAUCACUUUGAACUGGUAUUACGGCAACAAUCGUUCCAUGCUUGUGUCGAAUUGUCUUUUCCGCAUGGGUGGAGCUGCAAUCCUUUUAUCAAACAAGAGAUCUGAUCGACGCCGUUCCAAGUAUCAGUUGGUUCAUACAGUUCGAACACAUAAAGGAGCUGAUGACAAGUGCUACACAUGUGUGACACAGGAAGAAGAUGUUGAUGGGGAGAUUGGAGUCUCUCUUUCGAAGGAUCUGAUGGCGGUGGCUGGUGAUGCUUUGAAAACCAACAUCACUACUUUGGGUCCUCUUGUUCUGCCCAUGUCGGAGCAGUUGCUUUUCUUUGCUACUUUAGUGGGGAGGAAGCUUCUCAAGAUGAAGAUUAAGCCAUACAUUCCAGAUUUUAAGCUGGCCUUUGAGCAUUUCUGCAUUCAUGCUGGCGGAAGGGCAGUGUUGGAUGAGCUGGAGAAGAAUUUGCAGCUUUCAGAGUGGCACAUGGAACCUUCAAGGAUGACACUCUACAGAUUCGGGAACACCUCAAGCAGCUCUCUUUGGUAUGAAUUGGCUUACAGUGAAGCUAAGGGAAGGAUUAAGAAAAGGGAUACUAUUUGGCAGAUUGCAUUUGGUUCUGGAUUUAAGUGCAACAGUGCAGUAUGGAAGGCUUUAAAGACUGUGAAUCCUGCAAAGGAGAAGAACCCAUGGAUGGAUGAAAUUGAUAACUUUCCUGUUACCGUUCCAAAGAUAGCAGCACUCGAAACUUGACACUGUUUGAAAGUGGUAGUAAAAUUAUCUCUGGCAAGCUAGAAUUCACUGGUUUGGUUCAUCACUUGCAUUAUUUGUUGGGUUUAUUCUUUAUCUUUAUAAUUACUGGGAAUAGUCAUUUCUCUUCUCUCAUGUGAUUGUUUAUUGGGGAAAAUAGGAGAAGAGGUAUUUUAACUCUUUAGUGGCAGGUUGGUCUGGCUAUUGUUGCGUUAGAAGAAAUGUUUUAUUAUGUUAUAUGCAUAACAGAAUCUGUUCUAUUAUUUUCAUUGCAUUGUUAUAACAUGUGAAACUUUGUUCCCAUGGAAAAGCUUCAUUCAUAUUA